AUGCGGUUUGCAACAAUAUUGACAGUAGGCACCGCCAGCGCGCUGGCGCCGCCUCUCGGCACGCCUGCAUCAGGUUGGAGGUCAUGCCGUCCCAGCACUCGGUUAUACCACGCGGGAGGACACGGAGAAUUAAUAGAUGAUGGAUACACCGGCGGGACGAUGCAAUUGCUGAGAGAAGCGCCGAGUUUAGAGUACGAAAAGUGGCUCGAGCUUCACGCCGGCGAGGCCGUGUCCGGCGUCUACGCGCUGUUCGAGAGCGACGACUGCGUCUUUGUGGGCAUGGGCAACGACGCGGUUACGGCGCUUCAGGAAGUACGUAAAACGCUCGGCGCUGACGUGUCGCUGAAGAUCGAGGAACACGACGGGGACGGCGUCAUGUCGCUCGUCUUCGGGUCGUGGCUCGACGAGGCCUCUCCGGGAGGCGUCCGGCCGCGUGUCAACGCGGAGCGGGCCGCCGCGCGGGCCGCGGCGCGGGGGUUCUGA